CAGACAGCAGCAGCAGAUCAGCAGAGUUCACCCGCCACUCACACACACUCGCUAGCUCCAUGGCGCUCAGCCUCCGUGCCGCCGCGUCCCUCGCCGCUCCGCCGCCGCGCCCAGGCUGCCGCGCCGCCUCGUUGGUCCGCGCCACGGCGGCGUCGUCCUCCCCUCCGGCGGCGCUCGACCACCGGCGCCGCCGACGGCAGAACGUCUCCGGCGAGUUCUUCGUCGAUGAGCGGUGUAUCGACUGCUCGACGUGCCGGUGGAUGGCGCCGGAGGUGUUCAAGAGGGUGGACGGCCUCUCCGCCGUGGCGGCGCAGCCCAGCUCCGGGGACGACAGGACCAAGGCCCUACAGGCUUUGCUCUCUUGUCCGACAGCCUCGAUCCACACCGAAAAGCCCGCAAAGGACAUUCUCCAAGUGCACAGCACGUUCCCUCUCCCCAUCGCCGAUGAUCUCCCCGGAGUUUACCUCUGUGGUUACCAUUCUGAGAGCUCAUAUGGAGCAACAUCUUACCUUAUAGUUCACCCAGAAGGGAACAUUAUGGUUGACAGCCCACGGUAUACACCGAAACUGGUGAACCAGAUCGAGAAGCUCGGUGGAGCACGCUACAUGUUUUUGACCCAUAUUGAUGAUGUAGCGGAUCAUCGGAAGUGGGCCGAGCGGCUAAAAUGCGAGAGAAUCAUCCAUUCAGGAGAUGUAGUGGAUAUCGUUGCUGAUGUAGAGCGGAAACUUACGGGAAGUGGCCCCUGGAACAUUGGAAAUGAUUUUGAGCUUAUCCAUACCCCAGGACAUACCAAAGGCUCAGUCUGCUUGUUGUACAAACCACUAAAGGCGCUAUUCACUGGCGACCAUGUCGCAAAAUCAGAAGAAUCGGACGAGUUCAACCUCUUUCGAAUGUACAGCAGGCAAUCAGUCUCUGUUCAACUGGACAGCAUGCAGAAGUUGUUGGACCUAGACUUCCUGUGGGUUUUACCUGGACAUGGCUAUCGAAUCCGGUAUGAAGAUGCAGAGGCCAAGAAUUCAGCUAUUAAAUCUCUCCUAUCUGACUACACAAGCUAGGAGCAUCUUAUUACAAUCACAGACUUGACUAAUAAGGAUUCCAGAAUAAAGGGGCCAGGAGGAUAUGGACCCAAGCGAAAUACUGAUGCUAAUGUUGUUACGGCAUUUUUUUGUCCAAACACCAUACACUUUUGUAGUGCUUGAUUUCUCUCUCCUGGAUGUAUAUAUGCUUUUAUAUCAUCAAGUUGAAAAUGUUACCGGGGCAUCCUGCCAAAAAAUAAAAGAAUGUGUUAUUGGAACAGUU